AGAAGAUCAAGACCUCAAUCGCAUCCACCUGAAAUCACGGCCAACGUUCUCAGUUCUGCCUAAUUCUAAACUCAUAUCCUCAUACUCAUCACACGAAAGCUCUUCAAACCAACCGUCUCUUUCUUGAGCAACUUCCAUUACCAAGGCGAUCAGGUCCCUCUCGCAUCCCUCGCAGGUAAUCUAAGGACAUUAGAAUCCCUUGCUGCAUCCUAUCGAACGUCGUCUCUUCAGCGCGCGCUUUGCUGUUCUUCCACGCAGCCACAUCCACAAUUAUGAAGCUCCUCCUCAUCACCGCUAUCCUACCAUUCGUGUUAGGCGGUGCCAUCCCAGCGGACCCUUAUCCAGCGCCAUGCGGCCGGUCCACACCAUCAGGCCGCUGCUAUACGAAGGAUUCUUGCUACAAGUUGGGUGGGUUUUACGUCCAGCGCGACUGCACGUUCUACAAUGUCCAGGAUAUUGGUUGCUGUUAUGAUAUACCGGAGAAGGAGUAGGGAGAUGUGAAGAUUGGAGCGGUCUCUGAACUGAGGUAGUUAAACUUGUGGCGACAAUAAUUUGAGUGCGGGUUGUGGUUGCAAGGAAGGACGUGAGUCAGUUUGGGGGCCCGCAAGUUUGGGGCGCGAACUUUUUAGCUCUUGC